AUGAAGCCCACUGCGGUCUUCCUUGCGUUUCUCGCUUCCACCGCGGUCGCUGCGCCCACAAACCUGAAGGGCACCGAGGUCUUGGACGAAUGCGUCUCAGACUCCGUCGGAAGUGCCGGGACUAUCCUCGAAGACGUCUCUAUUCUUUCCGCCAUCUGCAAGCUCGGCAAACCGGUCUGCUGCCCAGUCGAUGUUGCGGGCGUCGAAUCGCUGCCCUGCGCCGCCCCCUCUACUGCCCCCGUCACUAUUGCCGGCUUCCAAGCUUCUUGCAAAGUCAACGGUGAUCAUCGCCCAAGAUGUUGUGUUCUUGACAUUCUCGGCUCUGCUGUUUCCUGCCAGGAACCCGUCGCCUAG